UUUCAAUUCAAGUGACAAUGUAAUUUCGACUACCGAAACCUCAAUAAAACCAUCAGAGCCUACCCAACAAUCUCAGCAACGGCUUGAACCUACUUAUUCACAAGAAGCUCAAGAGUACGCAGCUGAGCAGCCCAUUUUAUAUGUAACACCACCAACAGGCGGAAAGAAUGAUGGAAGCAAUAGUGAAAUUAAUUCACCACAUACAGAGGCAGCCACUAUAAUGCACGCCAACAUUAAUCCCGUGUUCACGGUUGAUAAUGAGCAACAGCAAUCAGAUGCGUAUGACAUGCCUGCGGCUUCGACGCUAGCCGAGCCAUCGCCAGCUUUACAAGAAUAUGCCUCGACCGGACGCGCUAUCGACUACCAUCGGCCAGCAUAUAAUUUUAAUCAGCUUAUGACGCCUUUAAUCAAAAAUCCACCAUUACCAGCGCCAGCGGUACAUGAAAAGCCGGUUACAUCCAACAUAGGCAAAAUAAUCUACCCGCAGGCGUUUAACCAACGCAGACCACCAAACGAAGCGGAAAUUAAUAAACUCAGCGGUAAAGCUCAAUUUAGUGACCGUUUCACGCCCGGUGAAGCAGUCGCAUCUGGUCAAUUUGCCAAGCAUCGUCAACAUGCACACAAUCACGCACAUUCUUCCAAUGCUGGCAACAACAAAGUAGCAUCCGCAUCUCAAAUUGUGCAGCAAACCUACAAACCACCCCAAAAUAUCUACUCAUUUCCACCGAACAUAAAUUCACAUUAUUCAUCACCUUACCAAGACCCCAAAGCCACCUUACCAUCAAGCAAUGUAAAUAGUUACGCUGCAUCGCCAUCUGGACCGCUGCUGCCGAAUACCAAUUUUGCCACAGCUAGCAGUAAUGAUAACGGUUAUAAAUAUCCGGGACCUACAAAUCCCGACAAUCUACCGCCAGCAGGAAAAGAUGCCGAUGAUGCGAAAUCGCCAGCAACAAGCAAUGAUGCUGGCGCCGGUGAUGCCAACUCCGAUGACACAAUUGGCGUGCUACCGGCCAGCGCUAUGGAUGAUGGAGAUAAAGACAUGAAUGGUAAAGAUAAUACUGGCGGCCAUGAUAUGGAAGCAGAUGACCAUGACCAUGACCAAGAUCAUCCACCACCCGUUGAUGAUACUGAGUACCCCACACCACCACCAGGUUGGGUAGAACAACAGCCCGACGCAGCACCUAUUCAUUCAUAUCCACAUGAUUCAUAUAACGAUCAUUCUUAUGGUUUUCAUGAUCAUUUUCCAUCAUAUCCACAUUACUACCCGCAUUAUCCUGAAAGCAUUUAUGCUGACCAUCAUCAUCACCACGAUCAUCCAGCACCCACGCUACCACCAGUUACUACAGAAAUGCCACCACCCGAACCGCCACCAGAGCCACGUGUCAAGAAAUACAGUUACUUUUAUAUUGGUCGCAAAUUGUGGUACAUACCGCUAUAUUUCACGGUCUGGUUCAGUUUUUACGUACUCUGGCUUAUUCUCAAAUCGAUUGCAAGACAUAAGGUUAAUUUGCCGAAUCAUUAUGUCAGCAAGCGAAGUCUACCCGAUUUUGUUGCGACAGAGACCCGCGCAAAGGAAUAUAUUAAUGAACUGACGGUGUCUGUGCUGGAGAGAAUAGAAAAUUUCCAACGAAAUUAUUUAACAUGACUGAAAAUACAUGUAUGGAAAUCGACAAUAAAUAAAAAAUGCUGUAUAUUUGAUAAAUAAAAAA